AACCAAAAAUAAAAACGAAGAGAAAGAGAAGCAAAGGGUUGCAAGGGUUUUAUUCCCACCCAGCCUCCCAUAUAUAAAGGAAACAAACUCGCCGUCUUGCACCUCACAGCCUCGUUUUCACUUUAGCACACAAAACCUCCAGGAGGGAUUCUAGGGUUUUCAGAGGCUCAUCUCUCUGUGUCGAAGUCUUAACCAUGGCGACCAACGCUGCUGCACCUCCGCGUCAGCUUUCUCAGAAAGAGGCUGACAUCCAAAUGAUGUUGGCCGCUGAGGUCCAUUUGGGCACCAAAAACUGUGACUUUCAGAUGGAAAGAUACGUCUUUAAGCGCCGCAAUGAUGGAAUUUACAUUAUAAAUCUUGGCAAAACCUGGGACAAACUUCAGCUGGCGGCCAGGGUGAUUGUUGCGAUUGAGAAUCCCAAGGAUAUAAUUGUACAAUCAGCAAGGCCCUAUGGGCAGAGGGCUGUCCUUAAGUUUGCUCAGCACACUGGUGCUAAUGCAAUUGCCGGGAGGCACACUCCUGGUACCUUUACCAACCAGAUGCAGACUUCUUUCAACGAGCCCCGUCUUCUCAUUCUGACUGAUCCAAGAACUGAUCAUCAGCCAAUCAAGGAAGCAGCUCUUGGAAACAUACCCACCAUUGCUUUCUGUGAUACUGAUUCUCCUAUGCGUUAUGUUGAUAUUGGCAUCCCAGCCAAUAACAAGGGAAAGCACAGCAUAGGAUGUCUGUUUUGGCUCCUAGCAAGGAUGGUUUUGGAGAUGCGAGGUUCCCUCCGUCCAGGGCAUAAGUGGGAUGUCAUGGUUGAUCUGUUCUUCUAUAGAGAGCCUGAGGAGGCCAAGGAAAAGGAGGAGGAAGAAGCAGUUGCAGACCCAGGUUAUGGAAUGGGUGGAUAUACUGCACCCGGUAUUGAUCUUAGUGGUGAUCAAUGGCCUACCCAAGCUUCUGAUGCUACUUGGCUAGCAGAUGCCCCUGCAGCUGCCCCAGCUCCUGGUGUUGGCUGGAAUGCAGAACCAGCACCUUUAACGGGAGAUGUGUGGGAGGCGGCUCCUAUUCCACCACCAACACAGGCUCCUGCCCCCUCGGUUGAAGGUGCUUCUACUGCCACUGGCUGGGAAUGAGCAAAUUUUGGAAGAGCGUUUAUCACAAUGUCGUUGAAUUUGUAAUGGGGCUAGGUUUUCUUUUAUUCUUCUUUGGGUUAACUUUAUGACUCCAUUUUCAAAAAUGGAAUUGUUUUUGAAACUAUUAAGUUCUAGAUUUGAGUUUUUCUCGGAGAUCUUGGUAAGAUGUUAUCCUUGUAUGAAUUAAAUAUGCUUCUUUUUAA